AUGGAAUCAGCCAGUGGGUUUUCGACCAAGGAUCUAAAUAAGAUCAUGCAUUUGCACAAUGGAGGGAUUGGCUUAAAUUCAGAUAUCAUUUUGGUGCUUAAGCUUCCUGAUUCCCAAGUAAUGCGUGUUGUGUCUCGCUCGUUGUUUUUCGUUAUGAUUAUUCUUGCAUUGCCAUUUAUGGGGUCCAUUUUACGGGAACUGAAUUCAAGUUAUUAUCUUGACGUCUCUGGCUCUGCUUCAAUUGAUCUUGAAUUCUUCGAUUUGUUGUUGCAAGAUUUGGCCAAGGAGGGCCUUAUCAAGAAGGGCGAUAAAGCUCUCAUUGUUUUGUCCGGCGUUGGGGCUGUAGUUGAUAGUUCAAGAUUCUUGAAUGUCAAUGAUAUUGAUUUCGUAUCAGAAUCUGAUUUGGAGGAAGAAAGCUUGUUCCCGAAUGCAACAUUUGAUUUUGCGUUGACAUUGCACAUUAAAGAUGCAAAAUUUUUAGAUCGCAUUGUGAAAGUUGGAGGCAUUCUGGUUGCUCAAUUGAGCAAUGACCCCUCAAAUGCUUUCCAAAAGACGCCAAAUUAUAGAGUUGUGUAUCUUCGGCGAUAUGACUCAACCAUCGUGGCAAUGAGGAAAACGAGUUUGGUGAAUCAGAUAGUGAGUUCUUUGGCAAAGAGGCGGCCUUUGCAGCUAGCAUUAGAUGCUAAGAAAGAAGCAUUGCAAGGCUUGGAAGAUAUUCUGCUUGAGCCGCCACGAAAGACUCUGGAAAAAUCUAGAAUGUACUUGAAGGGAUUCAAAUAUCUUCCUGACUUGUUGGGAGAUUCUUUAGAAGAUUUCUCGCGUCGAUUUUUCAUUGAUGCGGGCUCACAGGAGGAGGAGAAUGGUGCAAUGCUAUGGUUUAAUGAAAACUAUCCAACCAGAAAUCAAGACUUCGAGUUUCACAGCAUAAACAUGUUGUCUGAGGGAGUACCUGGGAGGGUGGCAUCACCUGCUGAUGUUUCAAAUUGGUUGAUGAAGAAUGUGAGGGAAGAUGAGUUCGUUGUGAUGAAAGCAGAAGCAGAAGUAGCAGAGGAGAUGAUGAGGAGGAAGACAAUUGGUUUGGUGGAUGAAUUGUUUCUAGAGUGCAACAACCAAUGGCAGAAAGGGCAAAGGAAGAAGAGCAGGAGGGCUUAUUGGGAAUGUGUAGCACUGUAUGGAAGACUGAGAGACGAGGGAGUUGCUGUGCAUCAAUGGUGGGAUUGA